GGCGCGCAUGCGCCGUCCACGUCGCGGCCCGUAAACAGCGGGCCCCGCGGGGGGCGACUUCUGCUUCCGGGUCGCGCUUGACAGCGGCGCCGCAGCCCCCGCCGAGCGCCGCGCCGGGCUUUUGGAGCAUGUGAACAUACUCUGAGCCUUGAUGAGUUCCAGUAUGUGGUAUAUUAUGCAGAGUAUUCAGAGCAAAUACUCUCUCUCAGAACGCUUGAUCCGAACAAUCGCUGCCAUCCGUUCCUUCCCACAUGAUAAUGUGGAGGACCUCAUCAGAGGGGGAGCCGACGUCAACUGCACCCACGGCACUCUGAAGCCCCUGCAUUGUGCCUGCAUGGUGUCAGACGCGGACUGUGUGGAGCUACUCCUGGAGAAAGGAGCGGAGGUGAAUGCCCUGGAUGGUUACAAUCGAACUGCCUUGCACUACGCAGCUGAGAAGGACGAGGCUUGUGUGGAGGUCCUGUUGGAGUAUGGUGCAAACCCUAAUGCUCUGGAUGGCAACCGAGACACCCCGCUCCACUGGGCAGCCUUUAAGAACAAUGCUGAAUGUGUGCGGGCCCUCCUGGAGAGCGGGGCCGCCGUCAAUGCUCUGGAUUAUAACAAUGAUACUCCACUCAGCUGGGCUGCCAUGAAGGGAAAUCUUGAGAGUAUCAGUAUCCUUCUUGAUUAUGGUGCAGAGGUCAGAGUCACCAACCUCAAAGGCCAGACGCCCAUCUCCCGCCUCGUGGCUCUCCUAGUCAGGGGACUUGGAACAGAAAAAGAGGACUCUUGCUUUGAGCUCCUCCACAGGGCUGUUGGACACUUUGAACUAAGGAAAAAUGGCAUCAUGCCCCGUGAAGUGGCCAGAGACCAGCAGCUGUGUGAAAAACUGACUGUUCUGUGCUCUGUCCCAGGAACUCUAAAAACACUGUCUCGUUGUGCCGUGCGCCGUGGCCUCGGGUUCCAGUAUCUACCAGAUGCAGUGAAGGGCCUUCCACUGCCACCUUCUCUGCAAGAGUACCUGCUACUAAUAGAAUAGUCUGGAAGAGAUACACCAGCAGGCAGGCAACUCGGGGCGAGGUUUCCCCUCAAGUACUUUGUCCUGGAAAACCGGAAAAGCAGACAUUCUUGUUGUGUGGUUUAUAUUUCCAGGCAACACGUCACAACAGUCACCUCCAUAACAUCUCACCUCCCCAAACCAAACAACCAAACAGGAAAAAUCCCUCACUUUUGUUUUCUGUUUAUUGCUUUUUAUAUUGCACCCUGCAAAAGAAGGGGUUCUUCCCCUCCCCCACUUCCCCUUUAGGGGAAAAAAGUCAACCGUGCAGCCAGAUUUCUCUAGGAAGAUAAGGAAUAUUUAAAGAAUGUGUGUUUGGUUUUCCUUUGUGGACAUGAUUUCAGAAGAAUCCCACGAGACGUAUUCUAACUGAUGUGAGAAAGUUAAAGAAAAUUCCAGUUGCAGUUGCAGCCAAGUACACUGAAAGGGUGUGCUUUCAUCAUUGGACUGAACAGCGUCCCUAACUGAGUGUCAUGUCUUGGGUAAACAGCAGUCUUUGCUUCUUUCCCGGGGUGUGCCCAGGGGUUUCAACAGUAGCUCAAAAUUUCAGACCGAUUGUCUUGCUGUUUUCCAUAGAGUAGAGGACAUAGCAGGUUCUCAGCAGCCCUGAGUACUAAAAGUUAAGAAUUUCUGAUGUAGUUUAUCUUUCUCUGGUGCAAUGCAUUUCUCUUUUGCAUUACAGAUGAAAAUGUGUGCUGUAGUGGGUUAGAUAGAUAGUCUGGGCUGCCUUUUCCCAGGGGUCAUCUUCAUUACCGAUUGUAAGCGCACUCUGCCAAGAGUUUGGAGUUAUAUUUCCUUGAGUUGGUUUGGAAACUUUGCUUUUCCCUGAUUCAUAUGAAGGAGUGGCGGGGAUGGAAUUGGGGCGAGGGGAAGCAUUUUAUGAGCUGUUUACCCAAAAAAGAUCAGUUUUAAUGAAUAAUACUUAUUUAAAAAUACUCUUCCUUUUUAUGUUCCUAAACUAGAUCAAGUUGUUAUUGAUCUUAGAUUAUCUAUAUGCAAAUUUGAAAAACCUUUUCAAAAAUAUUGGUUGGGAACUACCAAAAAAAAAAAAGGAAAGAAAAGAAUGAAUUCUGCUGACACCGCGAAUUUCGAAAAAGUGUUUCCUCUUGCCCUUUUGCUGUUUUUUGCUCACUUAAAAAAAUAGAAAUAAAUAGUUCUAAAAGCAA